CUCAAGCAUAAUAAUGGUAUCUUUGCUUCCUGCAGGGCAAGGCCAGAAAACCAUGCAGUCAUCAGGGCACAGAUUCUGCGAUGUUGAACACCACCCGCUUCUUGCUGAAAAUGACAGCUACGAUUCCUCUUCCUCAGAGGCUGACAUGGCAGAGAGGGUUUGGUUCAUCCGAGAUGGCCGUGGUAUGGUCUGUGCUAUAAUGACAUGGCUUCUGGUUGUCUAUGCAGACUUUGUAGUGACUUUUGUCAUGUUGCUGCCUUCCAAAGACUUUUGGUACUCAGUGAUCAACGGUGUUCUCUUUAACUGCUUGGCAGUACUAGCUUUGUCAUCACAUCUGAGAACUAUGCUGACUGAUCCAGGGGCUGUACCCAAAGGAAAUGCCACUAAAGAAUACAUGGAUAAUUUGCAACUGAAACCAGGAGAGGUGAUCUACAAAUGUCCAAAGUGCUGUAGUAUCAAACCUGAACGUGCACACCAUUGCAGUAUUUGCAAACGAUGUAUUCGAAAGAUGGAUCACCACUGCCCAUGGGUGAAUAAUUGUGUGGGGGAGAAAAAUCAGAGAUUUUUUGUUCUGUUUACGAUGUAUAUAGCCCUAAUUUCAGCUCAUGCGCUCAUACUGUGUGGGUUUCAGUUUUUCUCCUGUGUCCAAGGGCAGUGGACUGAAUGCAGUGACUUCUCCCCACCUGUAACUGUGAUCCUGAUGAUCAUCUUGUGCCUUGAGGGUUUUCUGUUUCUCACUUUCACUGCAGUCAUGUUUGGCACCCAAAUCCACUCAAUAUGCAAUGAUGAAACGGAGAUUGAAAGACUGAAGAGUGAAAAGCCAACAUGGGAGCGGAGACUACGUUGGGAAGGAAUGAAAUCUGUUUUUGGGGGUCAGCCUUCACUCCUGUGGAUCAAUCCUUUUGCAGGAUUUCGAAUCAGGCGACUUCUACUGAGAGCAAAGAAAGGAGGACCUGAGUUUUCUGUUUGAGUCUAAUUAUGCUGGAACUUACAAGAAUACUAUAUAAUAUUUAUUUUGGGGGCAGAGAAGGCUGUCUACAUAUAAUCUGUGACCAGGUGAAACUGAUACCAGACAUUUGCUUGUAGCAAGCAGAGUUUUAUACAUUUAUCAUCACAGACAUCUCAUUAACUUUCAGAGAUGUGAACUGGAUCUGUAAUGGUCUUAACAGCAAGAUAACAAAGGAAAAGCACGUGGUCACACUAAAGAAGCCAAAUGUUGUCGUGCUACUGUAAUUUAAUUAUCCAUUUUCGUUAAACCCUUUUUAUUUGAUAAAAGGGGAAUUACCUGUGUGUUUUUAUAAAA